AUGAAGGAAAACAGAAAGAAGAGAUCUAUGACGGAGAUGUUAGCCCAGAAAGACGGUCAUCAACAAGACCACCUACAAAACGAUGACAAACUCUCUUCUGAAAGUGAAGGUUAUGUGACCAAAGUUCGCUCUGGAACAUCUAGACGAAAGCCUGUUUAUUAUCAUUCCGGCACUCCCUCUUCUAAGGCAGGCCGAAAGUAUCACCCACUGGGAACAAAGAGAUAUGCACACAGAAUCAGCCCAAGUUUCGAGAAGGUUCCCCAUGGUUAUGAAGUUUCAUCCCAUGUUAUAAAAAGAGCAAAAGAGAUUGAAGCAAAUCUUGAUUCACGGUACCCUUGCUUUAAAAAGAUAAUGCUCCACACCCAUGUUGACUAUCAGUAUAGGCUGAACCUUCCGAUGCUUUUUGCCAAAAAGAAUAUGCCAAUACAUGAUGCCAUGUGUAUUUUGGAGGAUGAGGAUGGCGAGUUAUACGAAACAAUGUUCUGUCCUGGCGACAAGCUUUUCUUCCGAGCUGGGUGGAAAAAUUUUGUUAUUGACCACAAGUUGCUUGAGGGAGACGCAGUUGUUUUCCAGUUGAUUGCACCUUGCAAAUUCAAGGUUUUCAUAGUCAGAUCACCUACUUCAGGAGAAGUGGAUAGAACCUCGGUGCUCUCACAGGUGGACGAAAGUAUCAAUGGACAGGAAUCUGGAGAACAACUCAUCAAAGAAAAGGAAAAGGAUGCAUCAGAACAUGAAAAAUCAGAUGUGUUUGUUGAUUUCCAGAACUUCAGCGUAGUUUUUGAAGGAGUUGCGUUGGACAGCGACUUUAAGGUACCUGAUAUUCGCCGCAAGUAUUAUGAACUAUGCCUUUCUCAAAAGUCAUUUCUGCAUGCUGGUCUUGUUAAGGCCAUUAGCCGGUCAUCUGUUGUUGAUAUCAUCUCGGAUACGGUUCGAAUUGCAAAUGAUCUCAAAGGUAGCACUUUUGUCACUUCCAUAAGUAAGUUUAAGCUCUGGGAUCAGACCUUAGGAGGGUUCGAGAUAUUGGGGAUGAAAGUUGGAUUUUUACGUGCUCAUGCUAGCAAACUUAUCUGCCUUGAAGAGCAAGUGGAAGACACUCCAACUGUUAAAAAGUACAAAGAAGCCAUGAUACAAUACGAUCUUGAAGGGGAAAAGAUGAUGAGUAUUGAAGCAAAACUCAGGGAAGCGCAACAGGAAAGGGAGAAACUUCGUUCUGAAUUUGCGACUUUGAACAAGCAAAUCCAGGCGGAAGGAUCGAGGUUCCUGAAAGAAGCUAAUGCUCCUUGGUGA